AUGGUGCCUCAACCCAGGGCACUGCUCGUGCUAGGCCUGCUAGCACUCGCAGUGACGGCUGAUGCACAGUACAGCAGCGGAGGCUACAGUACAGGCACCGCUUCACAGGGCUCUUCUGCCGGCUACCCCACGACUCCCAGCACCGUGACCACCGCCGGAGGGGGUUACCCGAGCUCCGGCGUCACCGGAAGGUACUCUAGUGGGGGGACCUACGGCGGCAACAGCGGCUCUACGGGCUAUUCCACCAUUGGCAGCUCCGGCAGCUCGUCGCCCCUCGACACUGCUGUGCAAGGCUCUGCCGGCACCGGCAUCGGAGUGGCACCGUCGAACGGCGUGGCGGCUGCACCGGGCGCUGGGUUGACCUACACGCCCAGCACUGGCAGGGGUGGUUCGAACAUCUAUGGCAGCAGCGGCACUCAGAGCCAGUCGGCUGGGACCAGCUCCUACCCCGCUUACUCAUCCUUCACCCCGGCUUCCUCUGCUGCCGGCCAGGCCCCCAGGUCGAGCCAGGGGACGUACGCCGCGCAGAGCCGGGACCCCUACUCGGCGAACUACUCGCCGACCACGGUCUACAUCGGCGGCUCCUCCGCCUAUGCCCCCCGCGCAGGCAAUUAUUGCUUUUAG